AAUUGACAAACAAGAAAUUGCGUGAACUUUUCAACGACGACGUCAACAAUAAAAUAGAUUUCAUCUAAAAUUCGAGUUUAAGUUUAUUUUUCGCACUUUUAUCCUCGAUAAUAUCCGCCCCGGAUAGAUUAGAAUGUCUUAUUUUUCACACGGAAGUGAAAUAAUAAACCUUAAUGUAGGUGGACAAAGAUUUUCUACGUCACGACAAACCUUGACAUGGAUUCCAGACACAUUCUUCACAGCACUCUUGAGUGGCCGCAUCUCGAGCCUGCGUGAUGAAAACGGGGCAAUAUUCAUUGACCGCGAUCCAUUUCUGUUUUCUGUAAUUCUCAACUACCUUCGCACCAAGGACAUCGAUAUUAGCAAGUGUGAUGUUCGAGCUUUGCGACACGAAUCGGAAUACUACGGUAUUACGCCAUUAAUUAAACGUCUCAUGCUCUGCGAAGACCUCACCCAUUCCUCAUGUGGUGAUAUAUUGUUUUACGGCCUGCUUCCACCACCCACUCUGCCACCAAAUGAUAUUCCAAUGAACUCUGCGUCGUCAACAGCAUCGAACAACUCGACUUCAUCGUCGUGUGGAGGAGCAGAGGCCCCGACUUGUUCAACAAAUGUACAGUCAGGGCAAGCGGUUGGUCCUGCUGCCAAUGCACGACCUGGGUCAAUGGUUCGAGUUCCCGAAAUUUCUAGCUCAGCUAGUGUGAGUGGAAGCAGCAGGCACUCAACACAUUCGAGGAACUCUUCGUGGGACCUUCGUCUUGCAGGGAGACAAGACAGUCGGACUUGGUCCUCCAAUCCGGGUCACUCGAGAACUGCCUCCCUAGAUCUUAUGCGUCACUCUCGAAAUUCAUCAGCUGACCUAAAUAAGCUGAUUAAGAAUGAUGUGAGUCUGGUCUUCAGCCCGACACUCACUUCAAACUGGGUAGACCCCUUGCGCGUGCAAAUUAUUAAAGCCCAUCACAACUGGAUCUCAGUUGCGUACGCUCACUUUGUUACCUGCUACCGGCUCAAAGACUCCAACGGUUGGCAACUGGUUUUUACUUCACCACACAUUGACUCCACCAUUGAGCGCAUAGCUAUGGAAUCGAAAGUGAACUUCUCGUGUGCCGAUCAGGUUCCGAGUAAAAUGAUUGCCAUAUCAUAUGGUAGCCAAAUAAGGCUGUGGAAUGUUCAGGAGGACGGCAACAAGACUGACAUAGGAACAUUUAACUUAAAUGUUCGCGUCGAAUACUUCUUUUUCAUUGGAAGCCAACUGGUGGCCCUCUCGUCGUCGGGUAAGAUUGGAGUUUGGCAUGCGAUGACUCAGCAUUGGCAAAUACAGGAUCUAGUUCCGAUUCUCUCAUUCGAUAGUGCUGGAUCAUUUCUUUUGCUCGGGUGCAACAAUGGAUCUAUAUACUACAUAGACAUGCAAAAGUUUCCCCUUCGUAUGAAAGAUAACGAUUUGUUGGUGACCGAACUAUACAAGGAUCCUGCAUCAGACCCCAUUACAGCCAUUUCUGUUUAUUUGACUUCAAAAACAGCAACAACGGAAAGAGAACUCGAAGGCUUGAGUGGAAACUGGAUAGAAAUAGCUUAUGGAACGAAAUCAGGUUCAGUGCGGGUAAUUGUACAACAUCCUGAAACUGUAGGCCAUGGGCCUCAGCUUUUCCAAACAUUUAGUGUUCAUCAAAGUCCAGUGACCAAAGUUACUCUUUCGGAAAAAUAUCUUAUAUCCGUAUGCAGUGAGUACAAUCACGUUCGGACAUGGGGUGUUCCGCGUUUCCGUGGAAUGCUCUCUACUCAGCCAGGCUCGACACCCAAAGCAUCAUUUAAGAUAGUCUCUCUGGAAGCCACUGAUACGAAUUACGCCUAUUCAGCCGGGAACGAUUUUGGACCAUUUGGUGGAAAGCACGAUAAACCUAUUUUCGUACAAAAAGUUGUCCCAGAAACCGACCAGCUAUAUGUUCGGUACGCUUCAGAUGGCGAACGUGUUUGUGUAAUAAAGUCGGUCGAUGGUUCUACAAUAACAUCGUUUUGCGUGCAUGAGUUCGAAGGUCCCUCAAGAAUGGGAUCACGUUUUAUUCUCACUGGUCAUUGCAACGGUGCAAUCCAAAUGUGGGACCUUACAACUGGUCUAUCUUUAGAUUCUAAGGAAGAAGGGCAUAAAAACAAAAACGCAGGUGGUCCGGACAUGGUCGAACUACUUCGCUUGCUCGAUCAGUGUGAUAUAAGUACAAGUCAUAGCUCAACACCUUGCAUGUCACCAUGUUUGCCUACUGUAUCGAAUGCCACUAUUGCUAGACUCAAAGCCAGCAAUGUUGCCCUGCUCAAUCAAUCUCAACACCAAAGCAACAGUGACUGAUUGUCACUACUUAAAUACUGUGUUCGGAUGUGCAAAUGAACUACGAACGAGAUUUCUGUUGACUGAAUUUCAAAAUAAAACAAGGAAAAAGUAAGUGUUACGAUGAUGCGAUGGCCGAAAGAUAGCCGAGGUGGUAGUUUACCACACAAAUAUUUGUUAUCAAUAUUUUAGAAAUAUUUUUUUUACACUAUAUUAAAUAAAUUAUAUUAUAUGUAUAUUUACUUUAGGAAAAUUGAAUCUGUGAAAAGGAAUGGUUUAUAAUAAAUAUUUUAAUUAAUUUUAACGUUUUAAA